AUGACGGUCCACAUCAAAAGCAAACUGGACAUGCGCGGCCGUCGGCAUAUGGAACGCCUGCCAGGCGUGGACGCCGAGUCCUUCGAAGCCCUUACGGCAUCCGGUGGGUUGUCGUUCCAGGAUGCAUGGCGGAGGGACGUGGUACUGUCACUGGCUCAGGUACAGCGUCAGGUCAGAACCGCCAUUCACUACCCUGAGGUUAGGGUGGCGGUUCUGGCGCCUGGUGGGGCUGUGCAAGCGUCAGACAAGACAGUACCCUUCACUCCCAUGCCUGCACCCCUGCAGCCGAUUCUGCUGCCCGACAACACAGCCUGCACACUUAGCAGCAUCCUGCAGGACAUACACACCCACACGCUGUUCACCAGCAGGGAUCCGAGCGGAGUGCAGCAGCAGCAGCAAGUGUUAGACCUGACACACAAGAUGCAAAAGGCACUCAGGCUGAACACGACCACACGCAGUCGGGAUGAGGUUGGAGGGUCGGGAUACCUGCCACAAACAAUCCUCAACACAGUCCUCCUCUGCGACAAUCUGAAGGAUUUGUCUUGCUUGAAAGAGGCGAUUGACCAGGGCAUGAAGAUUGUCCUGUCCCAGGACCUAUCCGAAUGUCUCCGGUCACAACUCUCGCACUGGAAAAUACCCUCCGAGGUCACUAUCUACAGACAUAGGCUUUACCUGGAUGUCUGCUCAAUGCUUUACAGCAGACUCCGUGUGUUCCAUCCAAAGGACCUGUGGGCAUGCCAUAUCCGAGCCGACUCUAGUCCACAGUACGGCAAGGACUACUUCGUCACAGAGGUGGACCACGUCAACCUGGCCGAUGUCGCGGAUCAUACCGUAUUGUCCGACAUGGCGGGACUGAUUCGAAGGCGAAUCCUACCGCUACAAUUGAUCGGCAGCCGUGCCGCGUCGGCGGAGCACAAGAGCUUCCGCCUGAUGCUGGCAUUGUCGGCGGACACGGCGGACACCCACAUCACGUUGGGACGUACUUACUCCAUUGCCUUUGACAUGGGGACAGAAUCCAAGCUGUUCGUGUCUCCACAACCGAACAGUCUUGUCACUCCCCAACCAGGCACAGCAUCCGCCGUGGUCCACACAAGGUCUACACGGCAAGUCCUGCCGGAAAGACAAACUUACCAACCUUUGGAUUUGGUUUUACCAGGUGGCAUUCAAAACAAAGGCGAGGCAGACGCACAGGAAGAAUUCGAGAGCAUCUCGCGUAUGUGCCAACGGGCCAUGCCACUGGGUGAUGCAGACCACGCAAUGCAUCACACCAUGUUGGAAAUGAAGCUAUCGUUCACAGACUGGCAUUUUUUCCAUCACUGCCUCAAUGCCAUAUCCAAAUUCUUCAGGACAUGGUCCCGCCUGCACAGGUUCCGUGCCACGUGCAUCGACCGCAACCCCAAGUUCGCCUCGGCACGGCUGCGGGACUCCUUCGGGGCCAUGUUCACCACCGCCUGUCCGACGUUGGUCGAACAUCGAUGGGAGCGAGAUGUCCUUUGCUGGGUGGUGCCUCGACAAGAGCCCAUUCGAGCCUUGGACACAACGGACCUCGAGGUGUCCCAUGAUCUUGAUGCCGACGAGAUCAAGUUUCUGGGCAUGGUCGCAGGCUACAAAUUCCAAGCAUCCUAA